AUGAUUUGGAAUAAGAAUAAAGAUGAUAUCAAUCACGAUCCAGAAGAAUUAGCUAAACGAGGAUUGGAUCCUCAAGCUUCUAUCGGUCAUGUCAAGACUAAAGAGGAGAAACGGUUUUUGAUGAAACUCGAUCUCUUCCUCUUGACCUUUGGUUGUAUAUCUCAAGUCAUCAAAUACAUCGAUCAGACCAAUAUUAACACCGCGUACGUUUCCGGUAUGAGUGAAGCGUUGAAUUUACACGGAAAUGAGUUGAAUUACUUCACAACAUAUUUCAAUGUUGGCUAUUGCUUGUUCCUCAUCCCUUCUCAAGUGAUGAUCACUAGAAUUAGACCCUCCCUUUGGCUCCCUGGUUUAGAACUUUUUUGGGGUAUCCUUACUGGCUGUAUUGCAGCUUGCAAAAAUGCGAAAUCAAUCUAUGCUAUAAGAGCUUUCAUUGGUAUCGCUGAGUCAUCUGCUUACCCUGGAACUGUCACCCUUCUCAAUCGAUUAGUGACCUGGUACACACCUACUGAAAUGGCCAAAAGAAUUGGUUUCUACCACUCCUGUCAAGCUUUUGGAGGAAUGAUGUCAGGUGCUAUGCAAACUGCGAUUCAUGAGAGCUUGGAAGGUAGAUCAGGUAUAGCUGGUUGGCAAUGGACUUUCAUCAUCAACUGUAUUAUGACAAUUAUUGUCGCUCUUGCAGGACCAUUCAUGAUUCCUGAUUUCCCAAACAACCCAAACCCUCGAGCAUUUUGGCUUAAUGAUUCAGAUAUGGAAAUCGCUCGUGAAAGACUUGCAAGAUACACCCGAGAAUCGCCCAAUCCGAUUAACUUCAAGACCCUCUUUAGGACAUUGAAAAAUCCUAUAUUGUACUGUUUGAUUUAUAUUUAUGUCGGAAUGUUGAUUGCGCCUUCUGGAAACAGCUACUUCCAAUUAUGGUUGAAAUCCUUGAAAGAUGCUAAUGGAAAUAAACUUUGGGGUGUGAGCGCUUUGAAUGCUAUUCCAUUAGGUGGUUUCGCGAUGCAAGUGACCGCCGUUUGGUUGUUCGCUUUCAGUUCAGAUUUCUUCAAAACUCGUUGGCUCAUUUUACUCAUUAUCUGCAUUCUCGGUUCACCUUCUGCUAUCAUGAUGGCAAUUUGGAAAAUUCCGGAUGGUGCCAAAUACUUCAGUUAUUUCAGUCUUUACUUCUGUACAUCAAGUGGACCUCCUCUUUGGUCAUGGAUGUCCGAUAUGUUACCUCGAGAUGCUGAGCAAAGAGCUUUGAUCAUUGGUAUUUGUAUCAGCAUGUAUUACGCCGUCAAUGCUUGGUCAAACGUUUUGAUUUGGCCUACUAAACAAGCGCCUCAUUAUCUAUACGGAUGGCCAGUAUGUGUAGCACUCUGGAUUACUUGUGGUCUUGUCAUCGUCUCAUUGAGAAUAUACGAUAUCAAAAUAGUCAGACCUAGAAACUAUCGAAUUGCUCAAGAGACUCAUGAAGAAAAUAUGGCAGCAGAGUAUUACACCACUGAAGCUAAAGCUGAAGACGAUAUGAACGGUAUUGAGAAGGAUAUGGUCACAACCAACGUUCAAACCGUUCCUACUCUUCGAAAUUAA